ACCUGACUUUAGUCAUCGAACUUAAAACUUCAUAUUAUCAUAGUAUCAUACCUAUUACCUGUGAUUGUGACUUAUGAGUACAAGUUUUGAAUUAAAGUAUGAGCAUAGAAUACAUUUAAUUAAGUAACUAAAAUGAUGUUUGGUGAUUCCAAAACGCAGUUUAUUGAACAAACAAGAGCUGCACGAAUAGAAAGAGCAAAUGAUCGUAAACGUGAACAAUCAGUUAUCCUUGUCCAAUCAUUAGUCAGAGGAUGGCUAGUUCGCAAACGCACUCGAAACUUAGUAUUGCAACAAUUUGAUGAAACGUUUGAGAAUAUCAAUGAUUUGAAACCUGCUAUUACUGUUUAUUUAUCUGUGAAAAAAUUUUUAACUUAUUGGGAUGAAAAGCAAGAUAGACAAAGAUUUGAAAAACUUUGCAGGUAUAUAAUUCUUAGUCUAGAAUGUGAUACAAUCAAACGUAGCUACAUAUCAGUAGCUUUAAUUAGUGAGCAUGCAGUUAACUGGAUAAGUCAUGUCAAAGAAAUUCUGUCUAUUUGUCUUAGUUAUCUCACUAAACUUCAGCCAAAAUCAUUAGAUGAUUCUUCUUUUUUACACACUUUACUUCAUAUGAUUGUAUCUUUUACAUCAACUUCAAGAUGGUGUGCUAUACAUUCUAAUAAUUCUUUGCAAGGAUUAAAACCUGGAUUGGAGCGUUUAACAGAAAACUUGAUAGCACACUUAUUGAAUAAAAAUGUGUUUAACACUAUGCAGACAUUGCUAAUAACUGGGUUAUUGGGCAUCAAAAUUUUAUUAAAACCUGUGGCUAUGACAGCUAUAAUGACUAUUUGUUGGAGAUGUUUGGUUCUGAGCAACUUUUCAACAAAUAUUUUUCAAUUAUUUAUUAUAAAGAUUUAUUCUAUACCCUUAUUAGUAGAGUAUUUGAUAUCUCUCUCAUCUAAAAUUAUUGAAACAUUUAAUUCUGUAAAUCUACUUGAGAAGAUAAUGCAGUUAUUAAAUGAUCAAAAUCAAUGUGAUGAAAUAUUUCAUUGUUUACAUCCAAGUUGGUGUUUGUCAUUAAUUGCAAAUAUUGUGCAUUUAGCAGAAUUAAGCGCCAAAACAGAUCAAUUUGAAAAUAAUUCUACAUCUGUUUUUAUUGUUGGUUUAACAACAUUUUUGGACACCAUUAGAGUUAAUGUUGUUAAAAAACAUUCAAACGUAUCUAGUGUUUGGCAUCCAGAACUUGGUUGGUUUACAGCAAAUUUAAAUUGUCAAUGUUCUCCAAAUAUACCACCUUUGAAAAAUCAAUUAAUUCCAUUAUGGUGUGGAACUUUAUGUUCCAAGUUACUUCGAUGUCAUCUGAUUAAUGCUUUAGAACAAAUACCUGAAAAUCAACUAGUACCAUCACCUCCGCCUAAAACAAAUAAUCCAAUAGCAAUAAUUAAAAAGGCAUUUGAUUUGAGACUAUCCAGCACUAAUCAAUCAAGUUAUAAGCUUACUGGGAUUCAUGGUACAAAGGUAGUUGCUGCUUGCAACUUAUACUUUACAUGUCUUAAGACAAUCACACAACUUAGACUAGAUAUAAUAACUGGUUUAUGUUAUCAUGAAGACACAUUGUAUUUAUUGUGGAGGUUUUUGGCGUUUUUAGAUUCUCAUUGUGGUCUGAAGAAUUUGUUGGAUAUUCUAGAAUGUGAUAAAAAUUGCAAUUCAGGUGAAUUGCGCAUGUUACAACUAUUCUGUGAUAGUAUGUCACAUUACAUAACUAUUCUUGAUGAUAUAGAAAUGUAUGAGCAACAGAAACCAUUUGUUAUGCGUGACUACAUUUUAAUGUCUAGUUUUUUGAAUAUAUUUCUUUAUAAAGGAAUAUCUCAGAAUUUAUUUAAUAUUCAAGAUACAGCUUCUUCAUCUUAUAGCUUGUUUCGAUCUUGCCGAACUCUUCUAAUGGUUCUUUAUCGCAGAGAUUGUCGUAGAUCUUUUGCACCUCCAGGACACUGGCUGAUUGGUGAUCUUAAAACUUCUUCGUUUUUUAAUGAACUCAAAAAGGGUCGUAAAAUAUACUCGACUUUAAUUCAAGAAAUCCCUCAUAUAGUUUCUCAUGAAACACGUGUUCGAUUAUUUAGAAAGUAUGUUUCUCGAGAGAAGUUUGCUUUGGGUGUACAUGAAUUACAUGAUAACGACAAUUUCAUGCCACCUAUCAUUACUAUACGAAGGAAUCGAAUAAUCGAAGAUGGUUAUACAUAUAUAUCUGAAUUGUCACUGAAACGUUUCAAAGGUGUAAUUAGAGUAAAAUUUAUAAAUGAACAGGGAUUAGAUGAAGCAGGAAUUGAUCAAGAUGGUGUAUUCAAAGAAUUUCUUGAAGAAACUAUAAAGAGAGUAUUUGAUCCGUCAUUAAAUUUAUUUCGUACUACAGAUGAACAACGAUUAUAUCCAUCACCUUCAUCACAUAUUCAAGAAAACCAUCUGAACUUAUUUGAAUUUGUUGGUCGUAUUUUGGGUAAAGCUGUUUAUGAGGGUAUUGUAGUUGAAGUUCCAUUUGCAUCAUUUUUUUUGAGUCAAUUAUUAGGACAAACUCAAGAGCUACUAUAUAGUUCAAUGGAUGAGUUGCCUUCAUUAGACAACGACUUGUAUCGAAAUUUAACAUCUGUUAAACAUUAUGAAGGCGAUGUUUCAGAAUUAGAUUUGACUUUUUCUGUAGUUGAUAAUCACCUUGGUCAAUUGACUACCCAUGAUCUUAUACCUGGUGGAAGAGUAAUAUCAGUUACUAAUCAAAACAAGAUUAAUUAUGUACACUUAAUGGCCCAUUAUGUUAUGCAUACACAGAUCAAAGCACAAACAGCAGCUUUUAUCAAAGGAUUUAAAUAUGUUAUAAAUCCUGAAUGGCUAUCAUUAUUCUCUACUCCUGAACUUCAAAAACUUAUAUCUGGGGAUAACGCUCCUAUUGAUUUACUUGAUCUUCGAAGAACUACACAAUAUUAUGGAGGAUUUCAUGACUCUCAUCGUGUGAUUCUGUGGUUGUGGGAAGUUCUUCAAAAAGACUUCACAGAAAAAGAAAGAUCACUUUUCCUAAAAUUUGUAACAAGUUGUUCAAAACCACCUUUACUGGGAUUUGCAUAUUUGGAGCCACCAUUUUCCAUAAGAUGUGUCCAAGUAGCAGACGAUGAAGAUUUUGGUGACACGCUUGUAAGUGUUAUUCGAGGAUUCUUCACUAUUCGUAAAAAAGAUCCAAAUCUUAGACUGCCUUCAGCUUCUACCUGUUUCAACUUGCUCAAGCUUCCAAACUAUCAGAAAAAAAGUAUCCUUAGAGACAAACUUAGGUAUGCAAUUUCAUCAAAUACUGGAUUUGAAUUGUCGUGAAUUUUCUUGGUGAAACAAAAUAAUUUCAUGUUUAAAGCUUUGAGUAUUAUAAUUGCUGUUAUAAAACUAAGAUGUACGAAUUAUGAUUAUUGUAUGUGAUGUAGUUAAUUAAUCUAUUGAUUAUAUUUAUUAUAAGGACUGAAAAUUAUCAUUAUAUAGUUUUAUGAGGAAAUGAAUGGUUUCCAAGUUAUCAUUCCAAAUGAUAAAAUAAUUUUUAAACCAGUUAAAAUAUUAGGCUGAUUUACAUAGAUAAUAUUGAUAAUAAUAAUAUAAAUUGUAUUUAAGUACUCAACAUGCCAGCAUAUUUAAAUGUAAAUUACUUUAACAUAAAGUUAAUUUUAAAUUGGCAACUAAGUAAUAUUUUGAAUGAUAUUUUUAAAUGUCUAUUUUUUUCACAUUUACCACUGCAGAAGUAUCACAUUUUUCAAUAAAUAUCAAUUAUUUCUAUUCCAUAUCAUUUUGUUUGUAGAAUCCAAUUGUUUGUUUAUUUUCUUUUUUUUUAUUCAUUAACUUACAUAAUAUAAAAUUAUAUUUUGUGAUAAAUGUUUCAUUUUUUAUAAGACAUAAUAUUUUACUAUUUCCUACAUUUAUUUAAUGUAUAUAUUUUUUUUUAUUCAAUUGUCAUUUCAUAAUUAUUUUAUCUGAAUAUAUUUAAUUUACUUAAAAAUUGAGACUGAUCAUAUAAUAUUUUGCUGUUGAUAAUUAUUAAUAAUGUUCACUAAUAGUAAUUAGAAGCAUUUAAUUUAUGUUUGUUUUUAGUUUAUAAUAAACCGUUAAACAUUGAUUUUAUUUUAAAGCGUACUAUUAUUUACUAAAAAUUAAUUGUACAUACCUAUAUUGUUUUUUAUAAUUUUAUCAUAUGAAUAGUUUUUCAAUUUUUUGUUUAAAAGUUUUUUUUUACCAAAUUAUUUAAUUAUUGUGUAAGUCUGAUAAUAAUACAUGUAUUUAUGUAGUUAAUUAAUAAAAUUAUUAAUAUUAAUAUUUUUGUUUUUAUAGUUUCUCAUUUUAUAUUAGUUUUGUAUGUUACUCUGUAAUUAUUGUGUUAUAGUAUUAUGUUCCAUUUUAUUUAAAAACUCAUCAUUUAAAAUUUAUCACUCCAAAGUGGGCAUUGAAAUUAAAAAAUGAAAACAACAUUUUUACCUCAUUAUUUAUGAUUAUAAUUUAUUGCUGUAGAAAUCAUAAUAUUACUUAGUUUUCAGUAGGUAUUUAAAUAAUGUAAUUUAAAUGUGUUUAGACAUAAUACAAAUAAUAUUUUAAUGUUUAAGUGGUUUAUUUUGUAUGAACAAUACAUAGGUAGGUUCUGAUAUUUAUUAUUUAUAUAUCUUAAAUAACUAUAAUAGCAUGUGUAUUUAUUUAGUAUGUAUAUUUAUGCAUAUUUUCUCAAUAUAGUAUGUACUUGUAUAGUUGUAUAUCAGUACCUAUAUUAUAAUUUACUUUAUCUGUAAUUUGUAUUAUUAUAAUUUGUUAGAUUGCUUGAAAAAAAUAUUAUAUUGUUGAAGAACUAUAUAAUUAUGUGGCAGUUAAUAUUUUGGUAAAAAUUAUUUUGCUGGAUCCAAAAGCUUAAAAAUGUAAUAUAAGAUCCUACUUGUUCUUAUAAAUAUUAUGUAAAAAAAUA